CAUUAAAUUUCAUGUUGUUUUUAUUUUCUCUAGAAAUUAAUGUUCUUCACUUGCAUUCAAUGAUCAUCAUCAUGCUUCAAAGUCUCAGAUUUUGCCUCCUCUGUUUCUUUCUUUUCUUUCCUACUCUUACGCUCUCUUAUGAAGCUCGUAAUCCUGAAGUUGUAGUUCUGAUAUUGAUUAGAAGUGGUUUGAAUGAUCCUCAUGGUGCUCUCAACAACUGGGAUGAAGACUCUGUUGACCCUUGUAGCUGGGCUAUGAUUACUUGUUCUCCUGAUAAUCUUGUCACCGGCCUUGGAGCUCCAAGCCAAGGUUUAUCAGGAACAUUGCCAGGGGUUAUUGCUAAUCUCACAAACCUCCGUCAAGUGUUAUUGCAGAACAACAACAUCUCAGGCCGAAUUCCGGCCAGAAUAGGCCACCUUCCAAAACUCCAAACGUUGGAUCUGUCAAACAACAAACUCAGUGGUGAUGUGCCUGAAUCAUUAAGUCUUUUGAAUGGCCUGCAGUAUCUAAGGUUGAAUAACAACAGCUUGUCUGGAGCUAUUCCUUUGUCCUUAGCUUCUGUUCCUCAACUUGCACUCUUGGACUUGUCAUACAACAAUCUCAGUGGUCCUGUGCCCAAGUUUUCAGCAAGAACAUUCAAUAUUGUGGGUAAUCCUUUGAUUUGUGGGAGCCAUGCUAAUGAGGGUUGUUCUGGAUCAACUUUGCCUGAGCCUCUUUCGUUUGAGCUUAAUUCAUCAUCAGGGAAAUCGAAGCCGAAAAGAGUAGCCAUUGCUCUUGGAAUCAGUCUCGGUUGUCUUGCUUUUCUCAUCAUAUCACUUGGGAUUCUCCUGUGGCAGAGAACCAGAAACCAGAAGCAAAGCAUUCUUGACAUUAAUGAUGUACCAGAAGAGGGUCUAAUGAGCUUAGGAAACUUGAGAAGCUUCACAUUCAAAGAACUUCAAUAUGCAACCGACAAUUUCAGCUCGAAAAACAUUCUGGGUGCCGGAGGAUUCGGUAAUGUUUACAAAGGAAAACUAGGAGAUGGGACGAUGGUGGCCGUUAAGCGUUUGAAAGACAUCAAUGGAACCGCCGGAGAAUCACAAUUUCGGACAGAAUUGGAGCUCAUUAGUUUAGCGGUUCACCGGAAUUUGCUGCGGUUGGUUGGUUACUGUGCCACUCCGGUGGAGAGGCUCCUCGUUUACCCUUUCAUGUCCAAUGGCAGCGUAGCUUCAAGGCUUAAAGGUAAGCCAUCAUUGGACUGGAAUGCUCGAAAGCGAAUCGCGAUUGGUACUGCUCGAGGCCUGUUGUAUCUACACGAACAAUGUGACCCGAAGAUUAUCCACCGCGAUGUGAAGGCGGCUAAUGUUCUUUUGGAUGAGUUCUUCGAGGCCGUUGUGGGUGACUUUGGGCUUGCGAAACUCCUUGACCAUGCGGACUCGCAUGUCACCACCGAGGUUCGAGGUACCGUGGGCCACAUUGCACCCGAGUAUCUCUCCACUGGCCAGUCAUCAGAGAAAACCGACGUGUUUGGGUUCGGGAUUUUGUUGUUGGAGCUGAUAACGGGUAUGAGAGCUUUCGAGUUCGGGAAAACGGUUAAUCAGAAAGGUGCCAUGCUUGAAUGGGUGAAAAAAGCACACCAAGAGAAAAAGGUGGAGGUUUUAGUCGACAAAGAGCUCGGGAUGAAUUACGAUCAGAUCGAUGUUGGUGAAAUGCUACAAGUGGCUUUACUCUGUACACAAUAUAUCCCGGCACACCGGCCUCGGAUGUCGGAGGUGGUUCGAAUGCUGGAGGGUGACGGUUUGGCAGAGAAAUGGGCGGCCACGCAUAACCGUGUAAAUGGCAAUAGCAUAAGCAUAAGAAAGAACGGGAAUGAAAAUAGGAAUGGAAAUGGGAAUGGAAAUGAGGAUGGGAAUGGAAUGGUGGGAAAACUUGAUGAGAAUGAUGAUGACUACACAUCGAGCAUGCUUGGGGUGAUGUUGAUGGAUGAUGACCAUGAUGCCCAUGCCAUGGAGCUCUCUGGUCCAAGAUGAUCAUCAACAUACCCAAAUAGGAAGGUGAUAAAUUUGGUCAUUUUUUUAGUUUUUAUUUUGAUUUUAAAUAUUUAGUGUUUAAGUG